UCCUCUUUAGUUUCACUUUCUUUCUUCCUCGUCGCCAUGACUUGCAGCCUUGUCCUUCGGCCCAGGAGAGACUCAUUAAGGAAUUCCGUGUCGACCUGGGAAAUCACUAUUAUUCUCCGUGGUUCUUAUGGCAAUCAGUGCAUGGCGACAUCGCUGUAGGUAUCGCGGGACCAAAUCUGCGAGCUAUUUACAACAAAAUUCAAAUUCCAUUGGGACUUCUUGGUUACGGUAGUAAAGCAAUGGUCGAUGGAACUUUCUGAUGCAGAAUCGGCAACGUCGAACUCGUAGAAAAUCCUGGCCUUCCCUUAAAACGUUCAAGGAAACUCACCGCAUCGUAGCGGGGUCGAGAACGAAACGGCGAGAGGGAAGAAGAAAGAAGAGGGAAAAGCGUUUCUACAGGCGUCAGGAUGAAGAUCAUCUCAAAAAACAUGCAUUCCAGGACGAAAUUCCAUCUUUUGAUAGCCAUUCUCCAUGUUCGAAGCAAUGCGUGCCCAAAGCCCCUUAUCAUUCUCCUGUCCGGUGUAGAGUUGUUAGACGACUGGACGGAGAACUGAUAAGGGCCCGAGGGUCACAGAAUCAUCGUGGGAUACAUUACAAACUAUGCGUCCGUUAAAUGCCGAAAACAUGUGGAAGAAA